AACUGCCUUUAUUUCCCAGUGAGGGAGCUGAGAGAAGGCUUCACCUGCCGCAGGGAACAGGCUGCUGUCCCCUCACCCUCGGGGUCGCUUCAGCGCCUUCAAACCCGGAGCUGCUGCUGCUGCUGUGCCUGGGCUGCGGGGGCUUCGGGCGGCGGGGUGCCCGGGACUGGCGGAGGGACCGUGACAGUGCCACUGCCCGACCCCGUGCCUGGUGAACCUGCAAACGCCGUGAAUCCCCUUCCCGACAGCGGGACUCCGCAGGCAAAUGGAGCGCGGCAGAUUCCGCAGAUAUCUCCCACAGCUCUCCGCAUCCAGCGCCCUGUGGUCAGUGAUGCUGCACCUCCUCCUGCGAGGACUUCAGGCGGGUCACAUUGACUACACUGGUCCCUGUUAUGGACGGGAUUGUUCGGUCUGCCAGUGUUUCCCGGCUAAAGGAGCCCAGGGUCAGCCAGGCUUACUAGGAAGACAAGGUCCAACUGGUUCCCCUGGACUUCAAGGCCCACAAGGUCCACCAGGAGCGAAAGGACAAAAAGGAGAUCACGGCCUGCCUGGAUUUCCUGGAAUUAAAGGAGAUGGAGGCGCUACUGGUGUUCCUGGCUUUCCAGGAUUAGACGGUGUUCCGGGUUUUCCAGGGCAGCAAGGCCCAAGGGGGCCUCCCGGAUUGGAUGGUUGUAAUGGAACUCGAGGAGACCCUGGCCUUCCAGGGAGUGUGGGAUAUCCAGGAAGACCUGGCUUGCCGGGAAUCCCAGGACCAAAGGGGUCAAAAGGAGAUUCCCUAACGUUUACCUUCCCUUUGAUGGGUCCCCUGGGAGACCCAGGAUCCCAAGGCCCCAGUGGCUUUCCUGGUGUUCCAGGAGCAUCUGGUCUUCCAGGUAUUGCAGGACCGAGAGGCCCACCAGGUUUUCCAGGACCUCCUGGUUUACAAGGGCUACCAGGUGACCAGGGCAUUGGAUAUCCAGGUCAAAAAGGCGAGAAGGGUGAACAAGGUGACCCAGGACAUAUUGAACUAAUCGAGCCUCAGGAAGAAAUUUUCUUCAAAGGAGAUCAGGGUGAGAAAGGCCCUCAAGGGCCACUUGGAUUUCCUGGAUUCCCUGGGCUUUCAGUUUUCCCCACAUUUCCGGGUGAAAAGGGGGAAAAGGGUAUUAUUGGCUUUCCUGGCGAUCGGGGUGAUCCUGGGAAGGAUGGCUUUACAGGAGCUCCAGGAAGAAAGGGACAGCCUGGAUACAGUGGAAGUCUUGGUCCAGAUGGCUCCCCAGGAGCAAAGGGUGAUAGAGGUGACCCAGGACCUCCUGGACUCCCACGAACUCUGCUCAGACCCUGUGACUCUCAGAAAGGAGAUGCAGGUAGACGAGGUCUACACGGCAGUAUCGGUGAACAGGGACUGCCAGGACCCCCUGGUCAACCAGGCAGGCCAGGUACAGUCGGAUCAGGUUUACCAGGUCUUCCAGGGUUUCCGGGUCUUGAUGGUCCUAAAGGACAGAAAGGACAGAAAGGCAGCGACGACUGUCCAUUACCCAGAACCAUCCCAGGUCCUCGAGGGCUGAUGGGUUUAGCAGGUCCUCCAGGUCUCCCAGGUCUCAAAGGCAGCCCAGGUUUCAUUUGUGAAACAACGGGACCUCCAGGGUUACCAGGUCCAAAAGGUAACCAAGGAGCUCCAGGUCCAAAAGGAAUCCAUGGUUUAAAAGGAGAUCCAGGAGACUGUGCCUGCAUGCCGGAUUUGACAGGAGACCCAGGACCUCCAGGUAGGCCAGGCAUUCCCGGAAAUCCUGGAAAUUCAGGAAGAAAGGGAGAACAGGGUGACCGUGGACCACCAGGAUCAGCAGGAUUGCCAGGACUUCCGGGACCUCCUGGAAGGCAAGGCACCCCUGGUGCAAAGGGACAGCGAGGAAUACCAUCACAGAUCGCAAAGAAAGGAGAGAAAGGAAAUCAAGGUGAUCCAGGACUGCCAGGUGCCUUUGGAAGACCAGGAGAACCCGGGCAACCUGGAAUUCCGGGAGCUAUGGGCCAGCUGGGAAUCCCAGGUGAAACCAAGCCUGGGUCUCGAGGGGAGAAAGGUUUCUGGGGUCAUGCUGGCCAGCCUGCAUUGCCGGGACCACCUGGAACCCCAGGUAUGGGUUACCCUGGUCCCAAAGGACAAAGUGGCCCUGUGGGAGAUCCGGGGUUUCCAGGUGAACAUGGUUCGAAAGGACAAAAAGGUCUGAAAGGUGAUUCUUCGUGUCCAAGUGUCCAAGGGCCACAUGGUCCAAAGGGAUUUCCAGGGCUGCCAGGGCCGAAAGGUUUACCAGGAAAUCCUGGCAGACCAGGGAAUAUCGGCUUCGAUGGGCUCAAAGGCCUAAAAGGUGAAGCAGGAAUUCGGUCGUUUGCUGGAGCACAAGGUUUGCAAGGUUUGACUGGUGACCCCGGUCCUCAAGGACCUCCUGGACGAACAGAAAAUGGAGCACAAGGUUUUCCAGGUAUUCCUGGUAUUCCGGGAGAAAAAGGUCCACCUGGUGACUCAUACGAUGGUCCUCCAGGGACCCCUGGAUCUCUUGGAAGAAGAGGAUCAUCAGGUGCAGUUGGAGAUACUGGAGGUCCAGGGCCACCUGGAAGGCAAGGGCGCGAUGGAGUUCCAGGAUUUCCUGGACUUAAAGGACUCCAAGGCAAUCCAGGCCUAGCUGGACAGGCUGGGCCUCCUGGCCUACCCGGCUUCCCUGCAGAGAAAGGCGAGCCAGGCCCCAUCGGGCAGCCUGGGCCUCCCGGGAUACGUGGACCCUCAGGCCCAUGUCUGAAAGGGUUACCAGGAAAUCCUGGAGCUUUAGGCCCAUCAGGGAUGAAGGGUCUUAAAGGAAUUCCUGGAAAUCUGGGGAUGCCGGGUUUAAUUGGCAUGCAAGGCCAACCAGGUCCGAUGGGCACCAAUGGGAUCCCUGGCUUUCCUGGUCCAGCUGGCAACAAGGGGAGCCAAGGUCUUCAGGGAUAUCCAGGAGCAACAGGUCCACGUGGAUUCCCAGGAAUUCCUGGACCACCAGGACAACCAGGGAAUGAUGGAAUAAGAGGCACUGAUGGUGACCUUGGAUUAAGAGGAAGAAAAGGAGAAGGAGGGGACCCAGGAGAAAAGUCACAGCCUCGAAUCAUUUAUGAAAAAGGCAUUCGAGGAAUAUCGGGUGUUCCCGGUGAAAGUGGGUUUACAGGCUCAAGAGGUGAAAAGGGGCUUCCUGGGAACCCAGGAAUCCCUGGAUUGCCUGGUAGGCUUGGUUUUCUAGGCUCCGAGAAAGGUUUUCGUGGGAUGAGGGGACCAUCGGGUCUUUGUGGACAGCAAGGUCCAAUGGGACAAAAAGGUGAAAGAGGCAUUGUUGGAUUUCCAGGAAUGAAGGGGGACAAGGGUGACAGAGGACAACCAGGGUCACCUGGACCUGAAGGAACACCUGGUUGUAAAGGAGAAAAAGGUGAUAUUGGUGACUCUAUUAGUUUGAACGGAUUGCCUGGAAUCAAAGGGCAGAUUGGUGACCCUGGAGCUCCAGGUGUCGAUGGUUUCCCGGGUGAAGCUGGUUCUCCUGGUAUCGAUGGAAGGCCGGGUGCCCCUGGGUGCAAAGGGGUCGGUGGUGAUCUGGGUACUCCAGGUUUCCCAGGAUACCAAGGACCUCCCGGAGAUCCAGGAAUCCCAGGGCCAACAGGAUUGCCUGGAAUCCAAGGACAGCCAGGAUCUGCAAGACCUCCUGGCCCACCUGGUCCCAAAGGUCAACCUGGAGCACCUGGUCUCCAUGGUCUCAAUGGUUUACCAGGACAGAAAGGAUCUCCUGGAUCUCCAGGACCAAGUGAAAGAGGGACCCCAGGAUCACCGGGACCAAUGGGGCUGAAAGGUGAAAAGGGCUCUCCAGGGCCUCCAGGAAGCACCAGUCGGUGCCCAGAGGGUAGGAAAGGACCUCAGGGACUUGAAGGCCCCCCAGGUGUACGUGGGCCACCGGGACCUCCAGGUAAAAGAGGACCAUCUUGUGAUGUUCAGUCAACUGGACCACCAGGAGAUGAAGGACCACCAGGUUUUGAUGGCCCACCAGGUCCUUCUGGUUUCCCCGGUGACCCAGGGCUGCCUUCCUUGCCGUUUCCAGGGGAUCCUGGUGAUCCGGGCCGACCGGGUCAACCUGGUGCUCGAGGUCCCCCUGGAGAGCAGGGGCCAUGUGGCCACCAUGGUCUUCCAGGGCCACCAGGUCCAAAAGGUGUAAUGGGUGACCAGGGCUUCGCUGGUUUCCCUGGGAUUGAUGGACCAUCAGGAGUUCCAGGUGACCGAGGUGACCGUGGCUGUGUUGGUGCACCAGGACCUCAAGGUGAUCCAGGCCCACCUGGUACAAUCAUUACAGAUGGUGAAAUGGAUAAAAGUAAUCUUCGAGGAGACUCAGGGGCCCCAGGACCCAGUGGCUUUCCAGGACCACCAGGAUCACCUGGAACUCCUGGCCCCGGUGGCCCGACAGGACCCAAAGGCCAAAAGGGGGAACCGGGAAGGCCAGGAGCUGAUGGCCCACCUGGUCCCUGUGGACCUCCAGGAGACAUUGGUCCAUCUGGGCGACAAGGAGUUCUUGGAGACCAAGGCCCUCCUGGGAAACCAGGUCCACCAGGAAGUCCAGGAAUAUGUCCUCCAUUGUCGGCUGGGUUCUUGAUCGUGGUGCACAGUCAGUCACAGGAGGUACCUACAUGUCCUCAAAACAUGCCUCGCCUUUGGCAAGGAUAUAGCUUGAUUUAUCUGGAGAGCCAAGAGAAACCUCACAAUCAGGAUCUUGGUCUAGCUGGCUCUUGUCUGCCAAUGUUCAGUACUAUGCCAUUUGCAUAUUGCAGCAUUGAUGAAGUUUGUCACUAUGCUACUAGAAAUGACAAAUCCUAUUGGCUGUCUACCACCGCCCCUAGCCCCAUGAUGCCACUUGUCGAACGAGAGGUCGAAGCCUAUAUCAGCAGGUGCUCUGUCUGUGAAGCUCCUUCAGUGGCUGUGGCUGUACACAGCCAAGACCACACCAUUCCCUCCUGCCCUUCAGGGUGGCUCAGCCUUUGGACUGGAUACUCGUUUUUGAUGCACACAGGAGCCGGUGCCACAGGAGGAGGUCAGACCCUGGCAUCACCUGGGAGCUGCCUGGAGGAUUUCCGCUCGACACCGUUCAUCGAGUGUCAGGGGGCUCGGGGCACUUGCCAUUACUUUACUGAUAAAUACAGCUUCUGGCUAACAACUGUGCAAACAAGCCAGCAGUUUGUAUUAAAUACUCCUUCAGAAACUCUGAAAGCAGAACAAUUACAAAGACAACGAGUCAGUAGGUGUCAGGUUUGCCUGAAGCAAUAAAUCAUGUGACCUGCAUUGAAAGAAGGAAAGCACUUGGUAAGACUUUUUAACCAAAGGAUGAAGUCAGUGCAGGCCCAAAUGGUUAAUGGUGCUCAUUUAAUUUCUCUCUCUAAGCAGAUCUUCAAUUUCAACUGUUUAUAAAAAGUACAUCAGGAGAAUGUAAAAUGUACACUGGCCUGAGCAUGCUUACAAUAAUCAAUAUAUUCAAACGGGAAAUGUAAGGAGACUCGAUUUUAUAUGAAAUGUACAGCAACUUAAUUAACAUUGUUGGUGCAAUUUAACUUAUAGAUCUGUAAAAUUUUUUUUUAAAAAGUUGAAAUAUUUUUGUCACCUGGUCUGAACAAAAAGUUGUAAAAUUAAGAGGGUGAAAAACUGCUCAUUCAUAGUCAGAGCUUUUUAAAGUGGUCUGUAAAAAAAAACUAUAUUAUUGUAGCAAGCAAACUCCUUGUUAAAAACUCAGGCAUGUUCCAAGUGGGGACUGUGCAAAAACAUCUGAAACCUGCAGGGGGUUUCAGCACAUUGGCUUGUGACAUUUCAACAGGGCAACCUCACUGUGACAUCAGGUUUAGGUUUGAUACAAUGAGCCAGUGGGUGUGUCCCAGACUCUUGAAGAAGGCGAGGCCUGCAGUUGCUGGAUAUCAGAAUCGAGAGUCUGCUGCUAGAAUAGCACACAGCUGGU